AUGGAGAAUCCAAUGGGUAGCUACGAAACUGAGCUGAAUCUCAAGGCCACAGAGUUAAGGUUAGGAUUACCAGGCAGCGAUAGUUCAUGCAGUGGCUCUGUUGUUAGAAGCAACAAGAGAUCUUCACCGGAAGCCAGUACUGUGGAAGAGUCCAUGUGCAAGAGCAAUGUUAAUUCUAAUGCUUCUGACUCCACUUUAACCAUAAGUGAUCAUGACCAAGAUUGUGUCCAACCUGCAAAGGUACAAGUAGUGGGAUGGCCACCAAUUCGAUCUUAUAGGAAGAACAGUGUACAACAGAAGAAGAAGGUGGAACAGAGUGAUGGAGCUGGAAUGUACGUGAAAGUGAGCAUGGCUGGUGCACCUUACUUGAGGAAGAUAGAUCUCAUGGUUUACAAGAGCUAUUCAGAACUCCUCAUGGCCUUGGAAAGUUUGUUCAAGUGCACUUUUGGUGAAUAUUCAGAAAGAGAAGGGUACAAUGGAUCCGAAUAUGCUCCUACUUAUGAAGACAAGGAUGGUGACUGGAUGCUGGUUGGAGAUGUUCCAUGGGACAUGUUCAUGUCCUCAUGCAAGAGGCUGAGAAUAAUGAAAGGAUCAGAAGCAAAGGGGUUGGGUUGUUUAUGACCGGUCGACAUAAUUUAUCAAAAACAAAAGCGAAAGAAUGAAGUAAAACACACAUAGUGAGAUCUUCCAAGACAGUUUCCCUUUGUGCUGUGCAAGCAAGAACUUGGUUUCUAUGAGAAGUAUAUAUAUAGCUUAUAUAAAGGACAGACGGAUAUAUACACACUUUCUUUUUUCCUUUAUUUAUUUCAAUAGGGGGCUUUGAGGCCUGCUUCCUUAAU